UUUCCUUAUUUCCCAUUGAAAAUGUCUUUUUCCAGUCAUACAUUUGGUAACAAAAGACAGUCCAGUUCUCUGACUGACCUCUCACUGGACAGCGCUUGGGAUGAGCAGAGGACUCCCUCGCUCCCGAAAUCCCGCGGGAAGCCCAAGAGCGCCUCGGCUCCCUGGCUCCGCUCCGGCACCGUCCCGCGGCCCUUCGCAAUGACCCUGCGCGAGGCCCGCAGCAAGGCCCAGCUCCUCAGGACCCUGGCGCUGCUGGAACUAGACAGAGAGCGGCACAAAAGGCCAAGCCAGGACGAAGCAGAAUGCCAGAAGCGGUUCCGGGCGCAGCCUGUGCCUGCCCACGUGUUCCUGCCUCUCUACCACGAGAUAAUGGCCCGGAAUGAGAUUCGCAGGCAAAUCGCCACGCAGAAGAGAAAGGAGCUGCUGCUCUCCAGUCUGCGGCCCUUCAGCUUCCUGGAGAAGGAGGAGAGGAAGAAGGAGGCGAUCCGACAGAAGUUCCUGGCAGCAGCAAGCCCAAAGGAGAGCUCCAAGCACAAGCAAGUCACUAGAGAAGUCCCCAAGUCCACGUACGGCCCUCCUCUUGGAGAUAAACUCAAAGAAGCUGAACUCCUCAGAGAAAUCCGCAUUCAGAUGAGAGCCAAGGACUUGCUAGAAAGCUCCGUAGCUCCCAUUGAUCCUAAUAACUGUAGGAGGGAACCUCGCUCCCGAACGGCCACCAGAACUAAGCAAGAGCGGCUCGGCUUCCUGCAGGACAAGAGCUUCAGCUUCAAACCAAGGAUUAACCCGACAGUGCCCGACUUUGAAGGGCUUUACCGGGCCUUUCAGCGGGAUGCAAUAAGGAGAUGUGAAACCAAAGAGGCAACUCGUACUAAGCCCUUUAAACUGCGGACGUCCAAUCUCCGCUGCAGGCAGAGGCAGGCUAAUGAAAGGACAAAGGGCUCGCAGCAACUUUCCAACGUUUCCAUGCAGAAAAGUCAUUCCCUGACUGGAGUUUCCUCUCUCUCUUCCAAUACCCUUCCGGUGCAUAUUACAGAUGCCACAAGAAAAAGAGAAUCUGCUAUUAGAUAUUCCCAAGACAACAAAAAGGAGAGGGACAAAGAAGGAAAUAAUUGGCUGGAGAAACACAAAAAGAAGUGCCAAGCUCUCCAUAAGUCUGUGAAUAGCCGAGCAAAAGCCCUGGAUCCGCAUGCAAGUUUGGAGGAAGCACAAAAAGAGAAGGCAAAACAGAACUGGCAAAAUAUCACUGAAAGAACAAAGGAAUAUAGAAAGGAGCUGGAAGAAAUGCAGCUGCGAGUCAAGAACAGACCAUACCUUUUUGAACAGGUCACCAAGCACGGUGCUCGUCAAGAGGCAGAGCGGCACUACAGACAGACCCUGCAGCAGCUGGGGCUAAGCGAAGAAUUCAUAAGGAAGAAAGGAAAAGCUGCCCCUGACUUUCUGGAAGAAGAUUCUAACAUUCACAGAGUCCCAGAGCCUCCGAGCGAGGAGGACAACUGUACUGCAGAGGAAGGAGAGCUUCAAGAGGAACAGAGAAGAAAGGAGAUGCCAACAUAAGACCUAGCAGAGGACUCCACUGCUCAUCUCUUGGUUAUUUUUUUUAAGUCAAGGUUCUCAGGUUAAUCCUUAGGAACAUACUGUUCUAGGACAACACCUAAGAAUUGCUGUAUGGUGAGAGGCAAGAACUUAAUUAACUCUCCAUUAGAGCACUUCCUGUGCAACCCAGCUGACUCAGCAGCCUCCCUCACAAGGGAUCCUCAUGGGAGCUAUUGCCUGGCUUUCAAGAGACUGCCUGAAAUGGAAGGAAAGUUAAAAACAUUCAAGCACUAGCUCUGUGUAAAGCAGAUAUUAAAAACUGAAGAGAUGCACCCUCUAUCAUCAGCUCCUUGUGGUCAUGCACAGAAGCCUAGAGAAGGGCCAAAAUUCCUUUCACUGUGCUAAAACCUGGUUUACUCAUGUAUAUGUUAGAACAAAUGCAAACAAGAUAUUUCUACAGAGUAACAGGAUGAGGCUAACCUCAUAACAAGAGUCAGAGAGAAGUUCUUCUCUGGCAUGUUACCUCUCCACUUACUAAUUGGCAGUUCUACCCCUUCCUCCUCCUAGGAAGGCACAAUGUCCUUUUUAUAUUAAUGUAUCUGUCCUAUUCUGCUUUUUAAAACUCAGUUUUAAAUCCCUAUCAUGUUUUUAAUUUGACCUGAAAACACAAACAAACAAAAAAGCUAAAACAUAUGAAGGUAGUUGUAACUGAAUGGUGUGUCAGUUUGGAUUGUUAUUGUCUUAAUUCUUUUAGUACUGGUCAAGUAAAGAUGCACUUUGGUGGAUGCAAGAUUAGGUAKGACCUGUCAUAGUGUUGCCCUCUGAUGCCUGGAGUCCCUUAAAUGGUAUAGCUGAGGUAACAGAGACCAUCCCUUACCUGGUAUCAACUAAUAAGAUUCUCCAAAAUACAAGCUCCUACUACUGAGAUGUUUUCUGAGUA